GUAGUAUUGAAUUCCUAUUGGUCCAGAGUGGCCCCUUCCUGUCCAACCGUCUCUUGUUCGCAGGUAUCCUGGUCAGUGCGUCUGAUGCUCGAGUCGAAGUCACGUCUCUGUGGAUAAUCUCAUCGAGCUGUUCUUCUGAAUACAUCGAUAUGAAGGCGCUAACGGGGCUGCUGCUGUUGGUCUUUGGUCACGGUGUGUCCUCAGUGCUUCACUCUCUGCAUUAUUUCUACACGGCGUCGUCUGGACUCUCAACCUUCCCAGAGUUUGUUGCUGUUGGGAUGGUGGAUGGAGUUAAGAUGCUUCACUUUGACAGCAACACCCAGAGAACAGUCCCCAAACAGGACUGGAUGGAGCAGGUCACCAGAGAUCACCCCGACUACCUGGAGAGGAGCAAUGAACUCUCUCUGGGUUCCCAGCAGACCUUCAAAGCCAACAUUCAGACUCUGAAGCAGCGCUUUAACCAGACAGGAGGUGCCCACAUAUAUCAGAGGAUGUAUGGUUGUGAGUGGGAUGAUGAGGGUGAUACUACUGAGGGUUAUGAGCAGUAUGGUUAUGAUGGAGAGGACUUCAUAUCGUUUGACCUGGAGUACAUGACCUGGGUCGCUCCAGUAACUCAGGCUGUCGCCACCAAACAGAGAUGGGAUGGGUUAAGGGCUCAGAACGAACGGUAUAAGUACUACUACACCGAGGAGUGUGUUGAUUGGCUGAAGAAGUACCUGGCCUAUGGGAAGAGCACUCUGCAGAGAACAGAGCGUCCGCGGGUGUCUCUGCUCCAGAGGAGCCCCUCCUCCCCAGUGGUGUGCCAUGCUACAGGCUUCUACCCUGACAGGGUGGUGGUGUUCUGGAGGAGAGACGGCCAGGAGCUCCAUGAGCAGGUGGACCCCGGGGAGGUCCUCCCCAACCACGACGGGACCUUCCAGGUCAGCGUGGACCUCAACCUCAAGGCCGUCCCACAGGAGGACUGGGGGAGGUACGAGUGUGUGGUCCAGCUGAAAGGCAUCGAGGACAUCUCCAUCCCCCUGGACCCCGCCCUCAUCAGGACCAACUGGGGUAAGACUGGUGUUGGAGGGGAUGGAGGCAAGAGUGGCCUCACCAUCCCCAUCAUCAUUGGGUUCGUUGUUCUCCUCCUCGUUGCUGCUGCUGCUGUUGUUGGAGUCCUUCUGUACAAGAAGAUGAACGCUUCAGACAAGCGACACAAACCAGUUUGUUCUGACACCAGCUCUGAGAACACUGAGGGGCAGAAUCCGGCUCCUGAGGCCCAACCUCUGACCACAGGUCAAAGUUAAAUCAUGAAGAGGCUUCUCACAUUCCUCUUCCUAAAGCAGGAUGGAGUAGAUCGCUGUUCAUUUAUAAUCAUCACAAUCAGUUUUGGGACUUCAGCUAACUAAAGAUGCUAUAUUUGCUUAAUUACAUUAACAUUCAUACUUUAUUUUGAUAAAAAACAAAUCCGUAAGAAGUCUAAAUCAAUUAGAUCUCUGUAUUUUUGAUCGAUGGAUUAAUCCUGCAAUCUUUCACUGACCCUUGGAAACCAUGGCAACAUGACCCCGCCAUGAUGGCCAUUUUGUUUUGGUUCUAACUGCUUAAUCUUAUAAACUUUUAAAUUAUGUUAUUGUCAAGUCAUAUUUAAGUUUCAAAUAAUGUUCAAAGAUUCUGAAUCAAGGUUUGGGAAAGUGAGAUUCUGUCAAGUUUGAAUACAAUAAUCGUUAAAUGUUCUGCUAGAGAAUUGCAUUGCUACAUAGGCUAGCACAAUCGAGCUAGGCUGCUUAAGCUUUAAUGCUCUUUGUUGUGUUUUCUAUGUUCUUUGGGGAAUUGGAUCAUAUAUACUUUGGUUAUUCUGUCAAUAAAUUACAUAAAAAUUG